AAAAGUUGAAUCACAAGGCACCGUGCCGGAGAUGUUACCCGGUGUCGCCACGGAGGAGGUAUGCGGGCCUGUGCGCUGCGGUGGGGCCGCGGUGGUCUCCCCCUCCGUUCGGGAAUACUACUUCUUUUAAUCCCGCCGUUUCUCCUAGCGCUCCAGCUCCUUGUCGUCGGGCCACGGUUACCUCGAGUCGCAGGGGCGGGGGUGGAGGAGCAAGAAAUUGCCUUUUCGGUUAUCAGCAUCGAACCGGAGAGGAACUCACGCCAACAGGAAUCCCCGUCCCGACGGCCGGGUCUGAAGGAGGAAGAGGAGGAGGUAGAGGUGGAAGAUGGGGAGAGAAGGGAGGGAGCACGAGCCUAUGAGGAUGAGAACGAGAUGCACUCGCGCCAGAUGGGACCCAGAACACUGGAAGUGCAGCCCUGGGUGACAGACAAGCCGUCCUUCGCAGCAGAACUCAAUCGUAUCAUCACAUAUAUCACCAGGCCACAGCUGAACUGCUCCAGGGUUUUGUCUCCAGGCCAGGCUCAGGCAUCACAGCCCCCUGCAGAUUCACCCCACUGGCUGCUGUGUGCCGAGGACUGGCUCCUUCCAGCUGCAGAUAGACUGUGUGUUGCAUACUCCUUUAGUAUGGAUGGGGGUGAUGCACACUUUCUAAAGACUGUGUCAGGGCUGGGAUGUGAAGUCCACAGUUUUGAUCCCAGCAACUCCAAUGCAUCUGGUGGUCCCCUUGGCAACAGUUUGGCCAGUAACCAUGGGGAUGGAGGCGUGGUCAGCCAGCACAAGAUGUGGCUGGAGUGGCGAGCUCCAAGGAAGCGCAAGCAGAAAACAAGAGGGAACUUGGGUAGUGUUUCUCAAACACUGGCAGACAUCAUGGCAGCUCUGGGACAUCACACAGUUCACUUCCUGUAUGCUGACCUGCUUAGUGCUGAGUGGAGAGUUUUCCAGAACUUGAUUGAGUCGGGAACUCUGCAGAGUGUCCAUCAUCUGGUUGCCACAGUGCACCUGCAAUGGGCAGGGUUUGAGGUGGGCGGAACCAAUGAGGAAGUGCUCCGCUAUUGGUUCAGUGUCCUACUGGGUCUCCAAGCUUCUGGACUCAAGCUGGUCCACAGCUCUGCAGGAGAGGGUCACAGUGUCCUAAAACAGACAGUAACAAAUGGUCGCAGCUCCUACACACUCAGCUGGGCCAACACAGGACGAUGACACUCACACAUGAAUGUGUACACACAUGACCAGGCAUUGUGGAUGGCUUCAAACAAGAAGGAGAAGGUCAUACCUAAAUUAGUUGGUGGUAACAUUUUUACCCGUUGCUAUUUCAGGGAAACAUGACAUCUCCCUCUAGUGGAAAUGAAACGAUCUGCAUUUGCAUCACUCCAUCCUCUGAGGAAAUACUAGCUAAUUUGACCAAAUAUGGAGCAGAAGGUGGGCUUGCUGAUUUAACAGGGCAACAGUGCAACAAUAUAAUAACUAGAUCUACAGAUUUUAUUUUGUCUUACUUUACAUAAAAAAACAGCAGAUUGUGUUUUAAUUUAGUCCUAAAUACCAAAUAGCUGUCUGGCAGGUACCAACACUUUUUUUUUUUUUUUUUGAACCAUAGAAUUCUAUCAAUAUUAUAUCUGACAGUGCCACCCAUUUUCCAUUAUUUUGAUCCAUCUGUACUUUGAAUGUAGAUUUAACAGAUUUAAUGGUUGUGUACAUCUCUGUAGGCCUUAAAAUUAUUGUGCAAUAAUAAUUUACGUUGAAGAGAAGAUUAAAUUAUAUUGAGACUAAUGCCUAGUGUGAAAUAUACAGAAAUGCCUCCAUUGUACUGAUGCAUUUUUGCACUCCACUGUUUACUGUAUGACAAAGAAGAAAACAAUGAAACUAUAUAUAUAAAUGUGCAUUAAUACCAAAAUAAAAUACCAAAUAAACCCAAAAGUCCUUGACUACCACUUU